ACAAAAGUAUAACCUAGAAAUCACAAAGCUGUUUAUCAAGUUGAUUAUCGGAUCGUAGCAAUGUUUAUCGUUACGAAAGAGAUCGACAGUGAAAAUAUCAGUAAAUUAUGUCGCACAUGCUUAAGAGAGGAUGGCGAUAAAAUGGUUUGUUUAUUCGUGGGACCGGCUGGUUCCUCUCUCGCUGCCAAGUUGCGGUCUCUCUCGUGCCUAGAAGUUUGGCAAGGUGAUGGUCUACCAGAGAAAAUGUGCGACCGGUGUGUAACCAGAGCAGAAUCUGCUUUACUGUACAGGGAACAAUGUCGUGCAGCUGACAGAGCAUUGAGGCAAGCUGCUCUUAGGGUCUCAGGUCUGACAUCGUAUGCCACAGUUUCUGGAUGUAAAUUAUAUCAAGAAAAUCAGGGAUUUGUUCCUCUUCAAAACUCGCAUAAAACAUUAAAAUGUAUAGAAUGUGGUGCUGUAUUUAUGAGCUAUCAAGAAUUAUGUGCCCACAGCAGAUUACACUUACCUUUUAUUCAAGACAACAUACCUGUACAACACAUGCACAUAGUCGAAUCUCAAAAUCCGUAUCUUAACUUUAAUUUUAGUCAUUUAAGCUCUAAUUUGACCACAGACGGCGUUCAAAAUACGCAAUUGUCUCCGUUGAUUAGAUCGAAUAUGAUGCAAAUGAUUCCGAUAAAUGGGGAAAAUCCUAGCCGAGCGGCCUGCGCUCUGCACUGUUCCUUGUGCAAUCAUACGUUUACUAAUCGAACGCAAUUAAUGAGCCAUAAUAUCGCCCACAGCACGGAAAACAUAGAUAUGUCCUGCGACAAUGAAAAUAUAGAUAUCUGCGAGAAUUCCAAUCAGAUUCCUCAGAAUUUAAGCUACGAAAGGUCUAUCAACUCCGUCGAGAAUUCGAUUCAAAAUGUAUCGUAUCAAAGAUCGUCGACAAACGAUAACAAUGAAAUACAGAAUUUAAGUUUCCCUGUGCAUAUAGAUCUAGAGGAGGUACAAAGCGAAAGUCCUCAGCGUAUGCAAAAUACAGCGAUGCAUUCCGAGAACGACAUGCUCGAUACACGCGCGUUAAGAUUUACAAAAGAUCUCGAGCGAACGGACAGCAGGGAAGAUAUCGACAGAUAUAAUUUAUGUCCGCCUAAUCUCGAUUAUAAGGAACGGAUCGAACAAGAAAAUCCUGAUAACGUGCAAUCGAAGAAGUACAAAUGCGAGGUAUGUUCGAAAUUGUUCUCGCAGAGAUCGAAACUAUUGACGCACCGGCUGUCGCACUCUGGUCAGCAACCUUUCAAAUGUCAGAACUGCGAGAAAGCGUACUCGUCUAAGAGCAAGCUGAACGCUCACAUGCGUCUCCACACGAAGACCAACGUGCACCGAUGCAAAGUGUGCGACAAAAUAUUCGCGUAUCCGUCCUACCUGCGGGAACACCUGAAAACUCACAAACGGGAUUCCAAUGACUCGAGAACCGAGGAGAACAGAAGCUUCGAAUGCGUUAGUUGUAAAAAAAGGUUUCGACUUCUGAAGAACCUGAGAGCCCACGAAAGACUUCACACAGGGAAAGGUUUGGUCCAGUGCGAGAUAUGUGAUAAAAGAUUCAGCCAAAGUUACAACCUGAAGGUUCAUCUGCGAACGCACAAGGCGACCAGGUCGCACAAGUGCGAGUACUGCAACAAAUGUUUCGUUCAAAAAGGAAAUCUCGUGGAGCAUCUGAGGAUCCACACCAAAGUAAAACCUUUCGAAUGUAAAAUCUGUGGAAAGCGUUUCUCUCAGUCUAGUCAUCUGAAGAAUCACGAGGCGUCGCAUGCCUCUCUUAGACAAUAUCAGUGCCGAUUGUGCGGGAAACGAUUCAAAUUAGCGAAUCAUUUAAAGAGACAUUUAACUUUGCAUACCGGUGCCAAAGCGUACAAAUGCGAUCAAUGCGACCAACUGUUCUCGCAAGCGUUUAGUUUAACGAGGCAUUUGAAGAGGCACGAGUCACACAUGUAAUUCGCUUAUGAUAUAAAAUUGUAGGGUUUGAAGUUGACCCAGUUCUACAGGGGGACGUAUUCGAAAUAUCGUUUUGCAGGUACAAGGCUUUGAUACGCGUAAGGAAGCGUUCCAUAUGGUGAUGGACAGUCGGUAUU